UUGUGGGGUAACACAAGUGACUUUUUUAUUUUUAUUUUUUAUUAUUUUAGGUUUGUUAUCGGUUUUCAGAUAAAAAAAAAAAGCAGUUUGUUGAAUGAAGAAAAGAAAUCACAAGGACUACUGUUAGAAAAAAAAACACUAAAAUUUCGUAUUUAAUCUUAUCCAAGUCAUGUUACUAUACUAAUGCUUUGAUAUAUUCCAUGUCGAGUACAAGGGAAGAAAAUACCAUGAGGCAAUAAUUUCAAAUAGGAGAUUGUUAAGAGUAAAAAUACUUGAAAUAAAAAAUUAAAUAACAAAGUUGUUCAUUACGUUUAUUUUAAAACUUAGACGGAUGUUCGCAGGUACGUAAGAAAUAGAGAUUUUGACUUUCUUCCACGACGAAUAAAAUUCUCCAGCUCUAUUACUUAGAGUUGUUUAUACGAAACCUUAGCCUUCGGCCGACGACGCCUCCGCCUCUGGCCAACGACACCUCCGCCUCUGGUCUCCGGUCGACGAGACAGACGAAGUCUCCUACUCCGGCCUACAGCUGCUUUUGCCUCCUUCUUUCACGUUGUUUACAGGUCUGAGGUUAUACAUCGGAAAUUUUCCAUUACAUAUGGAUGAGGUACUAGUGAAAACAACCAAGAGCAGGAGGAUCCGUAUGGUAGAAAGAAAAACCAGAAAAAGAAGUGUUGGUAAACCCAAAACGAAACAUCUUGAAGCCAGGAAUACAAUGGAACGUCUAGAAAAGAAAAAGAGAAGUGUGACAUUGAUCAGAGAUCACUCCAAAGAAUAUCUAUCAAAUUUAACAGUUGAGUUCGAUCACUUUGGUAGAGCUAUUGGACCUAACCGCUUUAAGUUCACCAGUUAUCGUGGAGUGACUACGAGGAAGAUGAUUUCUAUCCUGAUAGAUAGUUGGGAUUUAGUGGAUCAAUGUGACAAAGAUCAAUUGUGGUUAAACAUAAAGAAUUAUUGGCAUAUACGAGAUGAUGAUCAUAAAGCACAAGUACUUAGAGAUUGCAACACGCAUUGGAAGGCCUACAAGUCAGAGCUUCUUAAGUUGUGGGACAAUGGUGUCAAUCUAGUAAAAAAAUACUCGUACCUUGACAAAGCAAUGUGGAAAAAAUUCCUUGUUCUAAAAUCCACGGAAGAAUUCAAGGCUCACCUUUGUUAA